UUAUAAUUAGGCAAAAUUGUUUAACACAAAAUAAUUUGGCUAAAUUUACAAAAAAUGCACAAUAGAUACGAAAACCUUAAGCUUUUCAAAGUGAUCGAACCGCGAGUUUAAAAUGGCCUGCCCAAUAUUGCCGUCGAAGUUGAAGACGGAAGAAAUCAUAAAAGGGGCCCAUGUGCUCGGUCCAGGGAUAGAGUCGAAGUUUGACGAGCUGAAAUGUGAGAUACUCCAAAAAAUCGAGAAGGAAGUUUCCGACUCCGGUAACGCGAGAUUAUAUAUAUCACAAAAAUACGACGAACUCAGCAAUAAAAUACAGUACCUAACAGAACUAGACGCUACCGUUACCGGGUUUAGGAGUGACGUGAAGACUAUCGAGAGACAGAUCAUUGAACUGGCGACGAGAGUCGAUGAUAUGGAAAAGAGGAUCAUCUGUAAGGAGUGUCCAUCCAUAUCCUCAUCAGUACUUGGAACCCCUAAAUAGCAUCUGCUAACAAUUUGUUCUACGAAUUUGUUCGUGGUGUGUAUAUUUUUUUGAUAUAGAAAUUUCUAAGUACAGAAGACUCGACCGUUUUUAUUUCUCAAAUUAAUUUAAAUAAAAACAAAUUAUA